UUCCUAGGCAUCGGAUGCAAGUCCAUACAUUGUGAUUCAACCGUGUUCCGCAGAUCAACUAUAUGCGGCUGCCUUUGAAGAGGCACCACCACCUCCGUAUUUGCUCACACUGGAAGGGCGAUUUAUCGGUCGCGGUGGUGAGGGUUGUCGUUACGAGGACGGUAUUAUGCGUCGAUUCAGUGUACAGUCUGGUCCAAUACGCGUCUGGCAUAUAUCUGAGUUCAUGCGGACCGAACUUUCAGCAUCCAGUCAUGGACAAUUCCACCAAGGUGAUACCUAUGUCAUCCGGUGGCCGUUUAAAGUGAUUUAUGUUGGUCUUCGGGAUAUACCAUCACGAGCGAGUGAUGCAUCACGGGAACAGUGUGUCUACUUUUUCUGGCACGGCUCACAAAGCAAGAUCACCGAGAAGGGUGCAUCCGCUGUAAUGACAAUCGAACUGGACGAGGAGCGUUGUCCUCAGAUUCGUGUGACAGAAGGCAAGGAACCACCCGCUUUUUGCCGUCUGUUUGAUGGGCGUAUGGCCGUCCACAUGGGUCGACGUUUGAUGAAUUCCACUUCCAGUCCUACAGUCAUUCCCAACACUCCUCGUGUGCGCUUGUUUCUUGUUCGAGGUGAGGUGCCAUCCGAGGGCUAUCUGCUUGAAGUCCCAGCCCAAUUGUCCUCGCUGCGAUCUCAAGGUGUGUUUCUGGCUCUUCAAUACGGGAACGGGAACGAAAACGGAUCGCAUCUUUCAGGUUCCAUGCUUCAGAAGGCUUGGAUCUGGUGUGGUCUGGUUGCGUCGGAAACAUGCAAAAGAGUAGCUCGAUACAUAAUGGAUCGACUGAAAGAUAGGUGA